AUGACUCAGCGCGUGGUACAGAACAUAGAGAACGACUACCUGAUCUGCAGCAUCUGUCUGGGACGCUAUACCGACCCCCGGCUUCUCCCCUGUGGUCACUCGUUCUGUAGACAGUGUCUCUCUGACUACAUCCAACAAACCGUCGUCAGUCCUAAUGCACGAACCCUGAAAUGUCCAAUAGACCGGGGCUUCGUCAGCGGGCCGGGGUCCAAUAUUCACACCCGCGAGUGGGCCUCUUCUUUUCCUGUGGAUCAGUUUGCUUUAAAUCUUCUCUCCAUCGUCAAUGAACAAGAGCGAGGUGGACCUAGGGUUGCUAUAAAUAGCCAACCAAUCAAUCGAGGACCUGGACCUCCCUCUUCUGGAACUUCUCACAAUUUCCAGACAUGCGCAGUCCACAAUGGACGUUUAAUGGAAUACUUUUGUAUUGGAUGCAAUGAACUCGUUUGUGCUCAAUGUGCAAUUGAUAACCAUAGAACAAGAAGAUGUGAUUGUCUUUCCUUUGAAGAAGCAGUGACUAAACUUCAGCCAAAGGCAAAUUCUUUACAUGUUCGAUUUCAAAAUUUGAUUUUUCGUGCUCAACAGUUGGCGCAAUAUGGUUCCCCAGAGCACAAUAGUUUACAACAAGCCAAAAGUAGAGCAAUGGAAAGUUUGACAGAAAUAGAGUCAAAUAUAAACCGUUUCUCGCAACUCUGUUUUCAAAAUGCGGAAGAUUUACGUCAAGAAAUCGCAUUUGCGGGACAAGAAUUACCUUCGGAAUCUCGUCAACUAGCGGUACUGUAUGAUAAAAUACAAGACACGAAACUAACAUUUGAUAACAUUCUGAAUACGAAUUCAACCCUAGAUAUCCUUAACACAUAUAGAAGAAUAGAGUCACAAGCCAGUGAAUAUGAUCGCUCGUUAGCCUCCACCACACAGAGAAACCCUCGAUAUAUCGAAAUGUCCGAUCAUGCCACCUUUUCUAGGUUCCUAAAUAACCCUCCACCCCUAGCUUCGCUCAAAGUCAAAUAUCCAAAUCGAAGAGACCAUCAACAACACAUAAACUCUAUUAAUGAGGACGUGGAGCAUAACGCCGCGGUAUCACCCUUAACACUGCCCGUCCAAAACCCAAACUCUGGGAACCGAAGAAUGUUAACCUCAACAGUUCGAGGACAUAGGACUCAAAACCGUCAAGAUCAGACUCGAAGCAAAAGUAAAUCGGUAAUAAAUGUUAAAAAUCCACAAGAAGACACAACAACAUGGCAUUUGAAUGGAAUAGUUUUCAUUGGGUAUCAUGUGCUGGUCAUUGAUUCGUACAACAACACGUUAAGAAAAUGCAGCAUUGCAGGAACAUUCACUACUCAUGAAACUUUACCCAUAGAGGGACCAGCGAGUAUCACGUUAAUGGACAACCCGACAGAAGUAGCAAUAUCCCAGCCUGAGAAAAAGCAGAUUGUUAUAAUUAGUACCGACCAGGAACUAGCUGUAAAGGAAACGAUUCGAACAAAUAAACCGUAUGAUGUUAUUUGCUUACACCAAAGAACAAACUUUGUUACAUGCAGUUUCAGGGGAGCUAAAUGUAUUGAUAUUAUUAACAGGGUCGGCCGUGUUCAGAUCUCGAUAGAGAGGUCUCGUAUUUUACGUGACCCUCGAUAUCUCACCGUGACACGUGACGGAUUAAUUGUAGUCAGUGAUAAUGAAUUACGUCGCGUGAUUUGCAUGAAUUCAGAGGGACAAGUACAAUGGACGCAUACCCCGAAUGCGGCACCCUGGGGUGUGGCUUCGGAUAAAAUGGGUAAAAUCUACGUUUGUUUGGAUAAUAAUGACGUUCAAACACUGUCAGAUGAAGGUCAUGUGCUUGAAAAGAAAUUCUUGUCUGCAAGGGAUGGGAUAAAAAUGCCGUAUGCUAUUUGUGUCAGAUCAAGACAACUUGCAAUUACGGAGUUUGGUUCCAGUUUAUUCACUCCAAAUAGUCCUUGGGUUCACAUCAUAUCAGUUUAGCUGGAAGGCGGAAUGGUGCUAUCUGU